AUGAAGUUUAUGCUACAGAGGAACAACAUGAGAAUGCUACAGAUUUACACGAGCUGGGCUCAAGAACAGCUGUCUGGACGCGUCUCUGACAUAAGAGUGGACCUCUCCAAUUUAGACAUCUUAGACGAGCUCGUCUAUUUGACAACUGGGGAGCGACCGCGCCGUAAACUCGACGAAACAUCGGAGGAUCACGUGCGCGCAGUUUUGAAACAGCUGAGCGAGCGCGGAUGCGACCUUGCUGACUGCUCACCAAACGGAAUUUUGGACGGUGACUUAGACGCAGUCCUCGCUUUUUGCUACAACCUAUCCCGAUACAAAGAAGAAAAAGAGAAUGCGAAGCCUCGAACUGAGCAACAGCCACGAGAGACACGAAAAGAACAAGCGAUCACAAAAAUAAAACCGCCACAGAUACCAACAAGCAGAAAAUCACUGACGAUGAGUCGACUACCAAAGCGAAAUCUCCCCAGUGCCGUAAAAAGUACUCCCGACAGAGGUGCAGCUAGCGAAUCCAAAGUUGGGCAGCCAAAGGCUAAUCCAAAGUCCGGCUUUGGCUUCCAGCGACCGAGCAAGACACCGACAACUCCCAGCGAGCCGGAGAUGCGAGAGAAAAUAGAAAAGAAGCCUCCGAGACCGCGAUCUGCCUCCAACUCAUCCCGCGCAUCCUCGGUAGCAUCGACAAAUGCAUCUAAACCACCGAGACGAUCUGCAGUCGGUACGAGUAAAAGUUCGACUUGCUCUACUCCCUCAAAACUGACAAAGUCAACAAAGGGGCUGGUCCGCCCAAAGACCGCGCCAGCUCCGCCGCAGCGCACAACUUCAAAGUUAUCAGUAGACCCUGCUGAACCAGUGCCACCCAAGUUGCCUGAAAAGCAAACGCCUGCAAAACAAACUGCUCGCACAAGUCAAAUCCAAAAACCUACCUCCCUCCCCCUGAAAUCAACAAGAAUGAAGAAGGAGACAACAGAAAUGAUGACGACUUCUUCAAGAUUAUCAACCGAGUCCUCUUCUAUGUCUUCAUCGCGUAUUAGGCCACCAACUUUCAAAACAGGAAUCAAAAGCCCAACUGCCAAAGCUGCCUCCGAAGUGCCCCAUGGGACCCGACUGCCUUACGUCUCCGCCUCCAAAUCAGAGAGUAGGGUAGCCCCAGCUGCACCUGCCCCAGCAUCAACUUCCUCCCAGCAAAUCGUACGAAGACUUUCGCAAUCGAGCUCAACCAGGCCGUCCAAUCUAAGGAAACCGAAAACUCUGAAAGAAUCUGAUGCGCGACCUCAAGAAACGGCGACGAAGAAAGUCGAGCCGCCGCCAUUACCUCAAAGAAGCACAUCUACAAGCGAUAAAUCUCCUGAACCACCUACAAAGAACCUUCCUACAAGUCCUAAAACUGCUCCUUCAAAGGGAGAUGGAAAGUCAAAAAUCGCUUCGACUUUCUCGAAGCUUUCACAAAUGUCGCCUAAAUUUGGACGGAAGCAAAUGAAAGUUUCGAAACCACAGCUCGACAUCAAGCCUGAAAAACCAGUCGCUACUGAAAAAGAGCAAACGCAAACGGGAACGGAGCGCCGGUCAAUUGGAAAUUUAUUCUCGCCAAAACGAAAUGUGCCAGAAGUUGACCAAGAAGAUCCUCAAGUUAAUCCUGCACUGAUCGAUAUCGAGUCGCCAUCUAAUGAAACUCCCCCAGAUCUUCCACCCAAAAAUUCUGUCCUCUCCGAAGAUUCUACAACAAGAGCUCGCCCAAAGAGCCUUGUUCUUGUACAAAAAGAACGAAAGCCCAGCACGUCAAGUUCAAUAGCGUCUAAUAUGGCUCGAAAUCCGUCAAUGUCGUCAAAAAUUAGCAUCAUCGACCUCGUCGGUGACGAAAUGGUCGUCGACGAAGAAAUCGACUUGAAUCUCUCCGUCAAAGAAAUCUCCAAAGAAACGAUAGAGGAGGGCUCCGACCGCCCAGACACAUCUGCAUCGUCAUGCUUAUCCGAUACGAAGUCUUUUAUCAAAGAGUCCCCGGUCAAAAAUGGAGACAACAACGAGUACCUCAACGACGAUGAUGACGAUGAUUGUUUCAAGUCUGCAACUUCGCCUACAGCUUCCGAUACUGCAUCACAGAUUUCUCUGAUGGUGGAAUCUUUUCAAUCGAAUAUCGCUAGAACGAAAUCGUACGAAGCAUUAAAAGAUGUUCAAACGCGAUCACCGAGAGCGCGUCCAAGACCUCGACCAAACUCACUGUUUUGUUCGUACACGACUCCUCGAAUUUCUGAAAGCGGGGAAAUGGACUUAGAUGAUGUCCAAGUAGACGAUCCGGCGUUGAGUGCUGUCCGACGGGCGAUGGAACGUAGUGAUCUACUCCAGCGACUCGAAAGAUGGGACCCGGAUGACUUCUCUUCUCCAGAUGAGGAUGUUCUUACGGAUGAAAUUUCUUGCUCCAGCGGCUCGACGAAUCCUCGUAGUCCGACUGGCGAUCCUGAAAUGGAGAGGAAACGGCUCGGGUCAUCGAAAGUUGCUGCUAGGCUGGCAAAGACGAAAUCUCUCAGUGUUCAUGAAGAGAAAAUCGCCAUCCAAGCGGAGAAUUCAUCAGACAGCUCUUGUUCUAUCCUCCCUCGGCCAAAUCAAGGUAUUCUGCGCGAAAAGAAGAGUCCUCUCCGGCGAUUGAUUUCCACUCCACCAGAAUCAGUUCAUUCUGACACCACUUACGAGAGAAAGUCCCUUCUUCCUAAUCGAUCUCAACAACGACGCUCUUUCCACGCUAAACGGGACUUUCAUUCAUUGAGAAAAACGGAGAGUAACAAUCCGACAGUCUCGCCUUCUGUGCGCUAUCCUUACUACCAGUCAAUGCCUCGAAACUACGGUCGAUCCUUCUCAUCGCAAAAUCUCAAAGGUGAAAACGACGCUUCACUUUACAAGGGAUCUCGCGUGAGCUUGUACUCAAAUCCAGAAGACAGAGAAGAGAUUUUCCGCCUCCGGAACUAUUUGGAGAACUACGAGUCCAAAAUAUCGCAGCUUCAGGAGCAGAUAAACUCAAAAGAACGUCAGCUCGAACAAAACAGAGUGAAUUCCAUACGGAAGGGCUCGUCUAGUUCCGCUUCUGAAGAGCAGAGAGCUGCCAAGGUCCAGCGGCGGAGAAGUCUUCCUUCUUUGAGUCGAGGAAAGCCGAACUACAGUACCAUGCCCCUUCCAAGGCGGUCCAAAACCACCAAAUCGGACAGUACACUUCCAAAGGACGACUCCGCCGUGGCGUUGAAGCCGAGUAAAUCGCGCAAAUUCAGCGCCAAUUUAGGCACACUGGAGCGAUCGGCCUCAAUCCGAAAAGCGAAGCAAACUGUGUGCGCCGCAUUCGAGCAGCAACUGCAGAAAUUCCGAAUCUCUUCGCCAGAAAGCAAGAACACCAACGAAAAGGACGACACCAUCACAGAGACAAACGCAGAAUCAGUUGAAACGAGCGCAUGUAAAGAGUCGAAGAAGGAAGCGGCCGUCAACUCGCCCACAAUGACCGAAAAAGUUGUGCCCGCCGAGAGCAUGACCUCGAUCUCGUCCCACGCGUCCAACUCGAGCAGCAACAGCUUCGAAGAGCUGCGCAAACGCAACGAUCGAAAGAACUGGCACGAUAAAAGGCCCGUUUCAAUGGUUGAUGAACCGCUCAGCUCAACGUCGUUUGAGUCCACGUUAGGGCGAAAGACGUCCAUGCGUCGACAGCUGCGCGAUUCAUUUCGUUCUGCUUUUGGCAAAAGCCGAUCGAGCAAGUAUCCAUCUGCAUCGCGCUCUUCUUGCGGCGAAGUGCUGGGCAUCAUAGAUGACGACGAGUCCAUCAAUACUUCCGAGACCAACGAGUCUGUCGAUGAAAUGAAGAAUAUUAUCAAAGAAAAGGACCAGAAACUGAAGGAAUCGGACAGAAGACUGACCGAUGUUCGCCUGGCUGCGCUUUCGUAUCAACACGAAAGAGAUCAGCUGCUUGAGGAGCUUCAGGCUCUACGAGAAGAGCGUGAUCUGCUAAAGAACUCUAACGGAAACAUUUGCAAUCGCUCCUCAUUCGCAAACGGGACGCUUUCCUCGAUGAAGAAUCUCUCCUCCGACAGUGACGACAAGAAAGUACCAGUCUAUCUUGAAACCUUCAGCGACGACAAACGCGUCAUCGGCCACUUGUCGACGGAUGACGUCGACGAUGUCGAAGCGGAAAUCCACGUUGUCUUCGAAGAGUAUUUGAAACAAAUGGACGAAAAAUCGUUUGGACUGACAGCGCAAUCGAUCGUCAAAACUGAGGUCAACAAUGGAAGUGCUUGUGUUCGGGUUAGCUUCGCCGCUGCAAUUGCUCUCAACGAGGCGAUUCACUUGAGCAAAGCUUCUCAAAUAUUCGACGCUGCAAUCGAGUCUCGUCGCAUUCUCAUUUCUGGAACUGCAGCUGAUAGCAAGAAAGAUCUUGCUCGCCGAAUCGCACAGAUUCUCGCCUGUCAGGAACUAUCUGUUGAGGCAUCCAAGGACAUUCCCCACCAUGCAAUCAAAACAGCUGGCAUUGUCAAGGACAUGGAAGCCCUGCAAGCGCUGUUUGAGCCGCUUUCCGACGAACCAGAAGCUGAGCAAGAUCGGCCAAUCAUCCUCAUCGUUGAUAUCGCCCUAACACCGAUCGUAGUGGCAAUCGGAAAGGAGAACGAAGUUUCCGCUGAGUGCGCCGAAAUAUUUCAUGUUGUUCAAAUGGUUUGCGGGGGUGCUGAUUUAGCCAUGAAGUUGCGAAUGAAAUACGCAAAUCAUGUCGUCAUGCACGGUCCAGUCAAGGCCCGCCGUUCCGUCAACAACCAGAUCAAGUUCCUUGAGAAUCUCCAUGAAAAGAUAAAUAUGAUGCUUAUCACCUACAAGAAUUCCCAGGCAAAAAUAGGAUCCGCUUGGUACGAGACUUGCCCCUGGAAUGCGAGCGAAUUCCAGAAUUGGUUUGUUCGGCUGUGGAAUCAGCGACUCAGGCCUUACAUGCUUGCGGCGAUCAUUGAGGGGGUGAGAGAAUAUGGAGACAAAGGACAAGACUGGUUCGACAUCGUCAAUUGGAUAAAAAACAACUUUGAGUGGAAGAACGACUUUGUCUUUGAUCAGCUGAGUGCGGCUGACUGUGGACUGCGCCGCAUCGACGGUGAUCCACUGCUCCUCAUGCUCCAGCGUCUCGAGUUUGCUUCUAAAAUGACACUUGAAGUCGAGCCAAACGAGUACUCUUUGCCCGCGCCUAUCUACUGA